CUGCCAGUGCAGGGCAGUGGCAGAGGGAGACGAGGACAGACAGAGCAGGACUCUUCUGUGGGAUAUGAUACCUUAAGAGGGAACACUGGGGGCAGCUCACCAGGACCCUUCCUCACCGGCAGGAGGAACAAUGAACUGGGCCGGCCUCUACACAGUGCUGAGUGGGGUGAACCGCCACUCCACCUCCAUCGGGCGCAUCUGGCUCUCUGUCAUCUUCAUCUUCCGGAUAAUGGUGCUGGUGGUGGCAGCUGAGAGCGUCUGGGGGGACGAGAAGUCUGCCUUCACCUGCAACACCCAGCAGCCUGGCUGCAACAGCGUCUGCUAUGACCACUUCUUCCCUAUCUCUCACGUUCGUCUGUGGGCCCUGCAGCUCAUCCUUGUCACCACGCCUGCCCUCCUUGUGGCCAUGCAUGUGGCUUACCAGCAGCACCAGGAGAAGAAGCUGCUGGUGCUGACGGGGCACGCGGAUCCCAAGCACAUGGAGGAAGUGAAGAAGCACAAGAUGCGCAUCUCGGGGUCGCUGUGGUGGACGUACGUCUGCAGCGUGGUCUUCAGGCUGCUCUUCGAGGCUGUGUUCAUGUACAUCUUCUACAUGCUCUACCCAGGCUACCAGAUGGUGCGGCUGGUCAAAUGCGAGGCCUACCCCUGCCCCAACACCGUCGACUGCUUCAUCUCGCGGCCCACCGAGAAGACCAUCUUCACCGUGUUCAUGCUGGUCACCUCCAGCAUCUGCAUCGUCCUCAACAUGGCCGAGCUGGUCUACCUGGUGGUGCGGGCCUGUGCCCGCCGGGGCCAGCACAACUCCAACCCCUCCUCAGGGAAGGGCUCAUUCUAUGGGCACAAGCUCUCCUCUGAGUACAAGCAGAACGAGAUCAACCAGCUGCUGACAGAGCAGGAUGGCUCCCUCAAGGACAUGCUGCGCCGCAACCCCGUGCUGCAGGAGAAGGGUGACCGCUGCUCUGCCUGCUAGGGCCAGCACCAUGGUGGGGCUCAGCCCUUGCUGCUGCCCCGCAGCCCUGUCCUGUCCCUGUCUCAUGGAUAGCAUCCCUCGGGUGCCAGUCUGGCCCUGCCAGAUGGUCGGGAGAGCAUCUUGGGCCAUUAAAUAUCCCUUCUCA